GUCAUCAUUACCGUAAGGACGGCCACACUCCUAGUCGUGUUUUAAAUUCUAAACUUGUUGAAAUGGAGAAAAUCAAUGAAAAUAGGGAUAAUGACUCGGACGAUGAGUCAUUGACUAUAGACAGCGACGACGACAUGGUGGACGAUUCGACUGAGGAAAGUGUGACGACAGAAACCCAUCGCUUAUGGUCUGCGGUUUCUGCACGAAAAGAGCAUGCCCUUUCCAGUAUUACUGGUAUCAGUAACUGUUCCGAUUAUGGAGGACCAGAUACAGAAGACGAUCUUGGAAUCAACAUGGAAAACCGAAAUACGCAACGGAAGACCGACACAGACAUUCGGAUCCUGAUAGCCUAUCUCCGGUCUCUCAACGAUUCCCGACCACCGGAGACUAUCUCUCCUAUAGAACUAGACAGGUAUUUAUCUAACUUCUUCACAAUUGUAAAGAAACAUGACGGGAAUGAGUACGAACCAGCCAGUUUGAGGGGCAUGCUUUGUAGUGUGGAACGCUACCUGAAGAUGAAGUGUUACCAAGCCUCUGUCACCCGAGAUAUUGUUUUUGUGAAUACACGACACGCUCUCAAAUACAAACAGCAGAGGUUACGGGAGCUUGGUAAGGGUAGCAAAAAAACCAAUGAACCCUUUGGUAAGGUGACCUUAGAUAAGGUCAACCAAUUGUUCAUCGCGCACGAGAUGGGUCCAUACACACCAAUGUCCAUUAUAAACAGCAUGUGUUUCAUGUUCAUCGUCCACUUCCGGUUGAGGAAGGCGAUAGACCACAAGAACUUAGUGUGGGGAGACAUAAAACUUCGGGCGGACCAGAGCGGGAAAGAGUACAUCCUAUACGAUCCUAUCCUUAGCCGUGGACAGCUCGAUGGCACCUCCUCAACCUCAAACACACAGGCAACCACCACAAGUACCACAAACGCUAUCAACACAACCAAAGCUGAGCAAUGCCGUUCGUCAUAUAUGAAGCUCUGCAUAUGGGCUCAACCAGAAGUACCCGAGCGAGACCCUGUCGGAAUAUAUAAACUUUACAGCCAAAAACGCCCUCCAAACAUGCAACACGACAACUCGCCAUUUUAUCUUGGUAUUACCACCCUCCAUCCGUCCCCAGUACAAGCAUGGUACCGGACAUGCGCCAUGGGAGUUAAUAAACUUAGUGAUCUUGUCCGAAUGAUCCGUGAUAUAACGGGCCUCCCCAGGGCCGCACUAAAUCCCCCGGCGGAGUCCCUGCUGUCGGAGAGCUACACGACCCACCUUCCCUCCUCGUCCAGAUCUCCUAAAUCCUACAACAUAGUCAACCAUACGUCACCAGAAGUUGACAGAAACAUCAACAUGCGCAUGUCUUUCCUCCAUUCCGAUAGAGAAUCUCCGAAAAUUGAAAACGAGAAAAACAAAUCGGUAUUUAGUACACAAGUAGACAGAAUCAAAGAGGAGCCAAGGGAAACGGUAUCCAGAGAAGCUGCUAUCCUACCCGACAAUUGGUCCAGGGAGGAGGGGCUGAAGGUACAACUUCCGGCCACACCGUCCACAGCGCUCUCCUGGAGUAACUACACACAUAGUGAGACUCGGUCUCCAGAGGAUACUCCCCAGCCCACCGUCAACAUCAGUACACACGAUACUCCUUCUCCGCUGAAUAUCUCUGUGAUGGCAGAUAUUCAAGGUGCACAGGCCAAGUUCCGGGAAAUGUUACAAACACUGGAUCCCGAAAGUUUGGAAGGAUUUGGGGCGUGGCUGAAGCGGAUCCGGAUAUUCCGGGACCAUCGCACAGGUGAAAUCCAAUGUGAAGAAUCUGAAGAUGACGUUAUUUCCAAUAAGCUCAUCAAUGAUGACGUCAAACGAACAGAUGUCACUCCGGCCAGCAUCACUCUAAACAUCACAUUGUCGCCUGGCGCCAUGUCGGGUGAUGGUCCCGUCACAGUGACCGCUUCCACGGUCCACAGGAAAGUCUCGUCGUCAGUGACGUCACCUCAGAAGAGCACCACGAUAAAGACUAAUGUGGUAGAACCGUUGGACAUUACACAUACAGACCGUCCAACAAGUCAACCCAAUUCUGCGGCAAAUCCCACAAACCAUUCAUCGACUUCACCUGUAGAAAAACCAACAUGCCCGUGUCCCUCGAAUAAACGGAAACGGUAUGCCUCUAGUGAUUCAAUACGUGGACCACCCGGCAAAUUAAACAGACUAUCUCAUAGUACUUCAACCGGCAGUAAUCCAGGGCAUGACCGCCUAGUUGAAACUGACGAAACCGGAACCGCAAUACACUGUCACCAACCCAAGACUUAUCAAACGAACAGUAACUCUGAUGGCGGUGAUGUUUUACAUCAUACAAACGGUAACGCCAGAAACGGUAACCAAGUGACAACCGACAAGGACAGUCCGAGACGGUCUCCUACGCCUUCCUCUGACGUCGUGAAUACAGAUUCCUCAACAGCGGCGAGGAGUAGGGCCCGAAGAUAUCAUGUCUGUGUUUCAACCGUGUCUGACCACAUCCGCUGUGUCAGCAACCAAUGCCCAAAUGCCGACGUCAUCAAUUCCACAGGCGCAUACGUCCCUCUCCCAGCGCCUGGGUUGUAACCCCAGUGCCAGGGACCUCAGUAUGUUUAUCCCUAUGCCUCUCCCUUACCCGGGACAAAUCCCAGCUAUCAUGACCAACCGGAUGCUGCACAACCCAGCUAUGUUGGCUUCUUUUGCCAACUCGCACAUACCGGUGUCCGCGCAUGCGGGGUACCUGCCUCACCACAGUUUGUACAACUCAAUGGGUAGGGGUGAUAGUACAGGUACCUCGACAACCACUACAGAAUCAAUAAACUGACAAUCUGUUCAUGGUUUCAAUCCAUUGUACUGUAUAUUGCUGUCAUGAGUUGUCAACUGUUCCAAUGUAUUAUAAGUUGUAAUGGUAAAUUUCUCUAAUAAAUUGUCAAUCAUUUGA